AUGGAGAAGCUGACUGUGCACAACUCCUCCUGCUCUCUGGUCCUGGUGGAGGAGACCAAAAAGAGCCCCCUCCUGCUGACCAAUGGCGGGGGCGCUUACCCCCCUUCGGCCUCUAAUGGCAGCCUGGUCCCGCUCGGGUCAGGGGUGGCGGGGCCGGGUGGUGGUGCCUGUGCCGGCCCAGAGAAGAAGGUUGGCGUGCCGAAUGGGAUGGCGCCAGGGUACCAGGAGCGGGAGACGUGGACCCGGCAGAUGGACUUCAUCAUGUCCUGCGUGGGCUUUGCUGUCGGGCUUGGAAACGUGUGGAGGUUCCCGUACCUGUGCUACAAAAACGGAGGAGUGCGGCACAAACCACGAGACGUCACCGUCACGGGAGACGAGUUCCAGGUGACACCGAGGUGGAACAAGAUCUUUAAGUCCCGACUCAUUCAGACCAUCGCUCUCUAUGGAAACACGUCCUUCAUGGUGGCCAUCGCCAUCCUCGUCUUUCUGCUCAUCGAUGCGUUCCGCGAGGUGAGGAAGUACAGCGUGACGGAGAAAGUGGACCUGACCAACAACCCCACGGCCAUCGAGCACAUCCACAUGAAACUGUUCAGAGCUCAGAGGAACGAGUACAUCGCCGGCUUCGCCCUGCUGCUGUGCCUGUUGCUGCGUCGCCUGGCCACUCUGCUCUCCCAGCAGGCCACGCUCAUGGCAUCCAACGAAGCCUUCAAGAAGCAGGCCGAGGGCGCCAGCAACGCCGCCAAGAAGUACAUGGAGGACAACGAGCUGCUGCAGGAGAAACUACGUGACGCCGGUCUGGAGGUCCCAGAGGGCGGGAAGAAAGGAGCAGGACCUCAGGAGGAGAACAAGAACCUGAAGGAGGAGGUGAAGACCCUGAAGGUAGAGCUCGACUCCUCAAAGAAAGCCCUGCAGAAGUCUGACAGCGACGUUCAUGCGAUGAAGAAACAGGCGGAGAAUCUGACGGUGGAGUACGACAGACUGCUGGAGGAGCACAGCAAACUGCUGGCGACUUCCGACAAGAAAUCCGACUGAGGACGACGACGACGACGACGACGGUUCCCGGCUUCCCACAUCUUCAUCAUCUUCCCCGUCCUCCGCCAACCUCUCUGCAGCUCCUGCAUCCCUCCACCAUAUCCCGCUCAGUGAUGUGAUGUCACUUCCUGUCUCUUGGAUUACAUCGCUGAGCUGUGAUUGGUUCCUUUCUGUUCGUCGGACCGUCUCAGCUCCAGCAGGAGAAGAAGAAGAAGAAGAAGAGAGUCUGUGAAUCUGUGGUGUGACUGUUUGUCUUUAUGUAUCAUGAAUCCCAUCAUUCCCGAGUCCAGAGAGAGAAACGCCAAACUGUUUCCUCCUGAAUCACAGAGAUCCAAAGUUUCUCAGACUCAUGCACUCCUGUCCCUGAACCACAUCAAAGAGUUCACAUUCGGACCAAAACCAGACCUCUGAAGUCUCCAGUCCUGGGCCACAUCCUCCGAGUCUAUUCCUGACAUCAUGAUCGAAUGUAAGAGACGGAUUCCCAGAGUGACCGAUGAACCUGCACGCCGAGGUCACUCUGAACCUCUCUGUUAUUCCAAACUGAUCAUGAUGAUAAACCACCAGGUCCAGGAGAGGUCCCAGUUGUCUUAAAACCUGAACCAGUACUUCACCCGCUUCAUUCACUCCUUAACACAGGACGUUAGCAGAAGCUCCAGUCGCCCCGUUUGUCAUCCUGAUACCCGGAUGUCUCUGCUCAGACUCUAACGUCUUCACUUCUGGUGAAGAGGUUCAGGUUUGACCUUCAGACCUUCAGCUCGGCCUGUUCUCACUGACCUGGUCCACGUUUGUGUUCAAAUCUUCUCUCACCGGUUCAGUCUGGUUUGUUUCUGUGGCUUCCUGUCUCGCUGCGUCUUAGCUUCAGAAUAAGAAAGUCCCUGACACCAGGUCUGUUUCCUCCUCAUGGUUUCAGUCUGGUGUCAGCAGGAGGUCUGCUGGACUUUCAUUAUCCCAUCGUCACCGUCAGGCAGAAACCUUUUCAACUCCAAAACCACGACUUAUAACAGGAAGUUAAAAAACAACCAAACACAGCGUGACCUUCAACCACGAGCUCCUGACUUCUGUCCGUCUGUUAUAUUUCAGAACGCAUGCUGACGGGCAGAGAGGAAGGACGAAAGCAUUCAUGGUUAGAAGGAGGGAACAUGGAGACACGAGGUUUCUGUGUGACGGAGACGAUGAGAGGAGCCGGUUUCAAAGCGCUGACUCGGUUAGAAAACGAUCGAUGAAGUCGCAUCGUUGUUUUGAAUUUGUGUACGACGUCUGUAAAGAUAAACGGUUUGGUUGGAGUGUUUCCUGUCCCUCGUUAAACACGCCUCUCAGACGUGUGGAGAGCAGCUGAAUGUGUGACUCUGCUCCGCUCUCUGUCUACUCUUCUUUUAUAUCCACGUUCUCUCCGCUCCUUCAGUCCUGCAUGGAAACACUUCUCUCUCUCUCACUCAGAGACUUUUCUAUUUCCUCGUUGACUCUCUGACAUCAUGGCGUCAGAGCGGCUCUCUGAAGCUGAAUGUGCUUCAUCAUUAUUAUUAUUAUUAUUAUAGUUUGAUUUUCAGGUUUUGGUCUCCACCUCUCUCCUCCGGGUGAUUCCGUCACGUGUUCGUGUGUCUCAGUUUGCUGUGAUGGAUAAACACCGUGUCGUAUAUCUCAGCAGGUUUCAUUAUGCUGGAUCAGAAACACGUCCACCUGACGGCUUCAGACCCUCAGACCUUCAGACCCUCAGACCUUCAGACCUUCAGACCUUCAGUUCUGAUUCAGUCAGACCGACUGUCGUUUCUUUAUCUCACGUGUUUCUGAAGGAAACCUCUGCGGUCAGUAAACGUGUGCUUUGAGUUGUUAAACCUGUAGGGGGCGCUGUUCACAGGGGUCCUCAGAGGUGGACUGUAUCUGGACUCAUCUGUGCUGAAAUAAAAACCAAUGAAGCGUC